AUGUUCCAUUUACAGGUUCAGAAGAGAGACAAUGAGUCCAAGAAUUCAUAUGAUGAUCACGAGAGUGCCUUGAAUGUCUAUAACCCAGGUCCUUUGGACUCCCAGGCCUGUGCACUACCCACUGCCACCGGUCACAAGGCGCCCCGCAAGCAGCUGGCCACCAAGGCGGCCCGCAAGAGCGCCCCGGCCACCGGCGGCGUGAAGAAGCCUCACCGCUACCGGCCCGGCACCGUGGCGCUGCGGGAGAUCCGCCGCUACCAGAAGUCCACCGAGCUGCUGAUCCGCAAGCUGCCCUUCCAGCGGCUGGUGCGGGAGAUCGCCCAGGACUUCAAGACGGACCUGCGCUUCCAGAGCUCGGCCGUCAUGGCCCUGCAGGAGGCCAGCGAGGCCUACCUGGUGGGGCUCUUCGAGGACACCAACCUGUGCGCCAUCCACGCCAAGCGGGUCACCAUCAUGCCCAAGGACAUCCAGCUGGCCCGCCGCAUCCGAGGCGAGAGGCCUGAAGUCUUGCUCUCUAUCCCUCUGCUCUAACGAAACCAAAGGCUCUUUUCAGAGCCACCGAUAUGAUCAGGAUAGAUCCGCUGCCUGAAAGAGUGAGUGAAUCGUAUUUGAGCGCUUAUUGUGUUGGGGAGAGUACAGUACAGCUGACUUGGUAAGCAUGUUUCCAGUGCACAACGAGCCUUAGAGGGAGUCUUUUGCAUCACACUGACUCAAUCUACAUUCAUCCUGUAAGAGCUGUCUCCCGCUACAAAGUUUGUCCUUGCAGUCAUUAGACCUUUAUCACUGGUCUUUAUCACCUUUAUUCCACAGCACUCAAAGUAAGGGUAGCAUGGCUCCGUUUUUGAUUUUAAAUCAUAGCGAUCGUAGCUCUGUACCAUUCUGUAUAGGCCGAUAGAA